AUGCUAUGGAAUAAUGAUCUUCGUUUAAAUCCAGCAUUAAACAUAGAAGAACAUAUAAUGGUCAUUACCAACAGUAUAAUGUUAACAACUGAAGAAGCCGUUCCAACAUCUACACAACAGAGCAAAAGUUAUGCAUUAAGUGAAGCAUCCAAGAGCUUGAUUACAAUGAAACAUCAAGCAUACCGAAGACGAAAGAGGACCGGAAACAAUAUAGACAAACGUCAAUAUUACAAAUCCAAAAUCUUAUCAUCAAAUUCACUUAGAAACGACAGAGACAGCCUUAACAAACUAAUGUAUUCUUUAUGUCAUAAAAAAUGUAUUCAGGCAAGAUUUGACUUACAGUGCGCAAGUUCCAUAGCAAAAGUAUCAAGCAAACUUUUACAUGCAACAUGA